GCCGGACAAAAGGCGAAUCUGUCUGACGGAGGAUUGAAACCCAAUUAGAGACAGAGGAGACAUUUUGGGAAAACUGUCAGCGUCCGUGUGUCCCGGCGCCCCGAGGCCACAGAUAUAUGGUCAAACACACGUCGGCGGAGGCUCUUGGACCGGGAUAUUAAGGAUGUUCCAGCAGUGCGAGGAGCCUCGUUUCACCAUCGAGCAGAUCGACCUCCUCCAGAGGCUCAGGAGGACGGGAAUCACACAGACGGAGGUCCUCCACGCCCUGGACACGCUGGACCACCUGGACCGCCAACAUGGACACAAGCUGACCCACAAACCUCCCUACGGACCUCCCUCCUCCUCCCUGUCUUCCUCCAGCGCCGUCGUCGCCUCCUCCUCCAUGACUUCCACAGCCACCCAGACAAGUUUCCCGAACAACAGACUCUCGCUGUCACCCAACAACAACUUCGACACCACCUCCCCGCCUCUCCCGAUGCCGGUGGCCUCGCCUGUCACCAUGGCAGCGGUGGUCCAGAACGGCCUGGUUGCAGUCACCAACGGGAAGCUGUCACCGCCCCGGUUUCCUAUCAGUGUGGUUAGCGGCGGCGUGACGGGGCCAGGCUACGGGUUUGAGACCAGUGAAGAGGACAUGGAUAUUGAUGACAAGGUGGAGGACUUCAUGAGGAGGGACAGUGCCAUGAUCAAAGAGGAGAUUAAGUCCUUCCUGGCGAACAGGCGGAUCUCCCAGGCCGUGGUCGCUCAGGUAACGGGGAUCAGUCAGAGCCGGAUCUCCCAUUGGCUCCUCCAGCAGGGAUCAGACCUCAGCGAGCAGAAGAAACGGGCCUUCUUUCGCUGGUACCAGCUGGAGAAGACCAACCCCGGUGCCACUCUUGCCAUGCGAGCCGCCCCAAUGGCCCUGGAGGAGGUAAUCGACUGGCAGCAAGCCCCGCCCCCGUUCAGCUCGGCCCCCGGGGGCUUCCGUCUGCGGCGAGGGAGCAGGUUCACCUGGAGGAAGGAGUGCCUGGCUGUUAUGGAGAGCUACUUCAUUGACAACCAGUACCCCGAUGAAGCAAAGAGAGAGGAGAUCGCCACCGCCUGCAACGCCGUCAUUCAGAAACCAGGAAAGAAGCUGUCUGAUCUGGAGAGGGUAACGUCUCUGAAGGUCUACAACUGGUUUGCCAACCGCCGCAAAGACAUCAAGAGGCGCGCUAACAUCGAAGCAGCCAUCUUGGAGAGCCACGGCAUCGAGGUUCAGAGUCCAGGCGGCCAGUCCAACAGCGACGAGGUCGACGGCAACGACUUCCCCGACCAGGGCUGUGAGGUGUCCUUAUUUGACAAAAGAGCUUCAGCAAAGCAGUUUGGUUUCAGUCGAGCUGACCUGUCCUCUCCAACCCAGGUACCCACGCUGCUCCCUAGCUGGUUUUCCGCCAUGAGUAGAGGAGCCUUGUCCGGACAGAGGGGCCCCUCUCUGAUUGGCCGCUCCCUCGUGUCAGGGGCAGGCCCCCAGGCGGAAGGUUCCAGAUUGACGGGCGUGUCCUGGUCUCCCCCGUCGCCCUCCCUCCAAGACGAACCCACCAUUCACGGCGCACUGUCCGAGCCCCAGGACCCAAUCGGUCUGGAGAAGGCAGCUGUCAAUCACGUUAGCCGCGUCCUGGCCAAUCAGGCCGACGGGGUGGUGUGCAGCAUCGGGAAUGAAAUCAAGACGGAAACGCUGGACGACGACUGAGGUCAUCGGCGGACAUUGGAGUUGUCAGAGCAAUGAAUGGAGCAGUAUCAGAGGUGUGUUAAUAUGCAAGCAGAUUUUAUAGGAAUGUAAUAAGUGAAAAAAAAAAAGACCAAAAGUCGUGUUAAGUCCAACCCUGAGAUACCUCCCAACCCUACCUCCAACCACCAACCUGCUCUGCUACGCUCUUAUAGGAAUUACUAGUAUAUUAUAAUAAUAACGAUAUUAAUAACAAUAAACUUUUAUUUACUUUUAUUUGCUCCCCAGCAGGCUAUGGAAGGUUAAAAAUGCCCAAAUCAAACAAAGAAAGUGAAAUAGAUCAUAUAUUCUUUUAUUAUGACCCAUAAAAGGAAGUACACAUGAUGUGUAGUGUUUUUCACUUCAGUUCUAUUAUUGAUUUGUUUGAGGCAUUUUAAAUCCUCCAUAGAGACACGAUGUAUUGUGCAGGUUUCUUUAGAAGCUGCAUUUUUCACCGCAGGACAACACUGUAUUUGACACGGGGCGCACUGUGAUCAUAACACAACUGAACAGCCUCAAAAGAUAAACAGAAGAGUUGGAAAGUUAAGUUCAUUUUUGAAAUUAUGUCGCGCAUUUCAUCACAGUUGAUUUAUAUUUCAUAUUUUUUGCUGUUGGUUCCUUCCAGUGUGAAUAACAGCAGAAUAAGCUCAUUUUUUUUUCAAGGUCAUACUUUCUGUGAGCUUAUGAUGAUUUGAACAUGUGGAAAACAGAAAGAAACAGAAUGACCCACUCUAACACCCACUGCCCUGGUAGAAUAAGCUCAAUAUAUGGAAGCAAAGAAAGGAAUACCUGAAUGUAUAAUAUUGAAAUGUUUUACUUUAAAAACAAUCUAUCUGAAAUUGAGUGGUUAAAUACCUAGGAAGUAUUUUAAGUUCUCCAACUGUUCAGCUGUGCAGGUUUUUCAUCUGAACUCCAUUCAUGCAUCACCUGACUGACAGAACGUCGCCUGAUAGGCCGGAUUCCAUCUAGGAUUCACUGCUUAUCCUCUUGUCCCAAACAUUUUUUUUGUUCAGAAAAUAAAUUUAGUUGAGCAACUUCAAAUAAAUCUGAUGACCAAAGAAACAAAAAUUGAAGGGUUCUCAAAAUUCAAGUGUUAAAAACUUAAAAAAUUGUAAAGAGUAUUUCAAACCACAAUAAUAGGUAGUUAUGUAGAUAAAAUAUUAUAAACAUACUAUAAAUUCAGCAGUACUUUAAUACCAGGUAUUCAGUAGAGAUUUCACUUUUAGGCAUUCAGUUGCUUAUUAAACUUAAUCAUCAUGUCCUCUCUUUGCUUCCAUUUUAAUAACAAGUAAUACAAAAAAGUCAUUCAAUACAUAACUGCAUACAGAUUUGUAUGAGAACUAGAAACCCAGACGUCCAGGUGACCGGGUGUUAUUCAUUUGUGGUCUGGCAUAAUAAAUUAUUACUGUUGGAUGAUCUAUAACCAAUAUAGAUCAGUCAUUUUGGAGGUAUUCAACAGUGUAAUGACACUGUUUAGCUACUACAGAUUAAAGUGUAAAGUGAAUACAUACAUAAACUAAACAUGUAUUUAUGCAUAUACAGUAUGUUAUAUAAACCGUGGGGUAUAUAUACAUAUAUAUAUAUGUAUAUGUGUGUACCCUGAUCCAUUUCUAUUUACAGUAUAUAGACAUAUUCUCGUCAAAUGAGAGAAAGCGUUAGUAUGAGUCUGUCUUGUUGGUGAAAGGUGAGUGACGCAUUAGCCAAAGUAUUACGUUUUUAAUUUUGCGUAUUUUCCCGAGUGUGUGCGUGUGAUAGUCAUGGAUUGAGCUAUGUGUUUAGAGAUAUGCUAAUCAAAGAUGCAUCAGAUGUGUCAAAUUAUUGCAAAGUAAAUUAAUUUCCUUUUUAGGCAUAUCCGUUUGUGCUUGAUAUGCCAUGUGUUCUAAACACAUGUUGUCCAGUUUAAAUCGUAUUUUCAUUUAAAAUGACACUUUAUUGGAUCAAUAUCAUGGUGCUUAGAGUCCCUGCUGUUUUAAACAUUCGAUUGAUCAGUAUGAAUGACUGACAGACCAGAGAGGCAGUAGGAAGAGAGGAUGAUUUGGGAAACUGACUGAGUUGGAUUCCCACAGCGAGAAGUGUUCUUUGGAAAAGAACAAAUAAACUAUACAAUUCAAGAAAUAUGUAUCCAAGUACAGCCAUUGUAGAAGUCUUUUUCUGAAUUUUUGUUCAUCUCCAGCCAAACAAGGAAUUAUUUUUACUACUUACUUACAUACUUAACCGAAGUCUGAAACUAAUUGGAUCGUUAAAUUUUAAAGAGGUCUACAAACAUCUUACCACGUGCUCAUUCCCUAGCUUAUGAGCAAACAGUCUUAGCUUAUGUUAUACACGCCACUAUAUUUGUCUUCCAAACAUGCUGCUCUCUUUGAGCUCUGUUUUUGCUGCCACCAAACCCUGAAGAAAAUAUCUGUCUCUUUAGCUGCCAAAUGCUCCUCUAUGUUCACCAGCUAACGUUAGUUGCUAACUUUGUUAGUUUGCUGUUUGGUGCUGUGCAGAUAGUGUACAGUGGUUUUAUUGGAGCUUUUCACUGAAAACUCACGAAAGCUAUAUUGAGAGUCGAGUUCGUGGGCUUGACAACCAAAACAAUGAGCUAAAAAUAGGUAGUUGUACAAGACAUUUCAUUCAAUCUUGCGAAAACAAAAUUAACUCACCAAGCUGUCUGCCCGCCUAGCAGCGGCUGAGCUGCGGCAAUGUUCAGCAGUGUGCGUACUGGUAGUUUCGUUAGCCGUUAGCAGCUAGCCAAAAACACUGUCCAAAACAACAGAAGUGGGCUGGUACAGCAGUGUGUGUACAGGUAGUUCUGUGAACUGUAAGCCAAACACAACGCAGUAGUUAUUGAGGAGUCAAAAAUGUCAUGUCUGCUGCAACUCAAUGUGAGAUUAGCCAUGGACAGACAAAGAGGUGCACACUAACUCACUAGCUCACGGAUGAAUGCGACCGAAAACAAAACUAAGUGCAGCUUUAAUUGAUCAGGUUCUAAUUUAAAUACUACAUUUUAACAACACGGUAAGUUAACGUUGAAAUUCGUUGUAGAAAUUCUAUCACACAUUGGAAACCUCCUUCUGUUGGCGUGAGUGUAGAUAGCUUGUACUUUACUGUAUCUUUUUACCUUUUUGUGACAAAUUAACAUUUGCCACUGAACACUUUCUCACUACUUAAAGAGUAAAUAAUCCUGGAGUUUUGGCGUCAGUUACGAGGUGAUCCAGCCAUCCAGAAUAAUUUCAGUAAUAUUUUUUUCCGACACAUGAUAUGUAUCGAAUGGUUUUAAGUUGAAGUGCCUUAUUUAUUUCCUGUGUAUUAACACAGGAUCAUUGCGUGAAGAAGGACCUCCACAAUGGCUGUACAUUCAUCACUGUACUAGAAACCAAUGCAAGAAAGAACAUGGUGUUCUGUAACGGCCAACACUAAGUGGCCUCAUUCAAACCGGUUCAUCAUUGUUCAUCACCAGGUGCUUUACAGGCUAAGCUACUAGUUCAGAGUUUAAAAAGCUCAACACAAAUACCUCACUUUACCCCGCUCAGCUAUAAGCUACACCCCGCAGGUUCCUCCGCAGCUGCUUCAAUGUGAAUCAAAGUUUAGACAGUCAAGAGUGAAAGUAACUGUAGAGCCAAUUUAUUCAGAGGAGACUGGCGGCAAACUGUGAGGAGGCUGUAAAGACGAUUCACCGGCUGAUCUGGCAUCAGAAAUGUCAGCGUCCUCUAAAAGGGAAAUUCCUUCUUGAACUUGAGCCAAUACAUUUUAAGUUUGAACAUAAAGGGAAAUUCCACUCCAAAAAUAGAAUUUAUUAUUCCUGCUUCCACCAAGUCCAAGAAAUACUUAUAAUAAUACCUAUGAUAUUAUAUAUGAGAAAAUGUUUCCCUCAUGCUGGUGGAAUACUAACACAACCCGUCAGUGUUGGUCUCAGAUUGAACGUCUUUGAGAAUUAAAAGUUUUGUGGUGGAUUGUCUCAUUAAUUGUACGGCAGCACAGCUGUCCCAGAUGUCUUUUGCUUUAAGCGUUUGUAAAACUCUGUCAUCAUUAGUCGGUGAUGUACCUUUCUGUCAUCUGUUUGAAUUAUUUACACCAAAAUAUCAACAUAUUCUUCUAACAAAGGGUUAGAAAAUGUAUUUUUUUUCUUCUUUUUUUAAAUCUGCCAAGCAGAAGCCUUUCUAAGGUGAAUCUAUGGGUUCAUUUAUGACAAUGUGUUGUUUUGAGAUUAUUUCAGGUUUUUAAACCAUUUCAGUUGCUGCCUUCACGAUCCUCUCAUGAAGUUGUACUUUUGUGAUCUGAAGUAGCACAUUAAUAUGAUAUGAAAAAUGAGUUUUUUUGUGUCAUUUUAAGUUAUUUUAGAGCCAAACAAUCUGAAAGGAAAAAGAAAUGAAAAACAUAAGAGAAUUCAAAUUCGUCCAAAAAAUUUGAAAACACGUCGACCAUAAUGAGAAACCAAAAAAUACAAAAGCAAACUUCCGAUUUAUUUAUCUUGUUUCUCGUUUACAGUCAACAUUCCCUUUGAUUGGUCUGAAUAUUUCACUUUUCUUUCAGUUUUUGACCCUAAACUGGCUCCAUACUUUUUUUUUUUUUUUUUUUUUUUUUUUACAUGUGUUUUAAAGUGUUUAUUCUCAUUAUAAUCAACUUGGAAUGCAUCGUGAGUCAAAGUGAUCAUGAAAUAGAAACACAGCAAAUACCUUUUUUUUUUUUCUCAAUAAACAUGACCUUUGCUCUUCCAGUUAGAUUCAGCACUUUGUUUGACAGUGCUGAUGGCAACAUGUUGCAUCUCUUCAUUGCUUUAAAUGCAGUUGUAUCACCUGCCUUUAGCCCUCUGUUGCCUUGCUGUACUGUUUAGUUUAAAUGGAUGAGCUUCCAUUCGUUGGUUCCUCCCAGGAAAGAAAAAAAAAAAAAAAAAAGCAUCAUGUCUGGCAUUGACUCUAUCUUGAUCACAUUUGUCUUUCUCCUGCCAAGUCCAACUUCCUCCGGCAAUAUCCCCAUCCCUCUACACAGACAGUGCAGUGAAUAUUUGUCCUAACCACACGGUUUGGAUUGGCACAGUUUUAGCGUGACAACAUUAGGGUGCAGGUCGAUGAAGGUGUUAAUGGGGUUGCAGAGGAUCUUGAUCUGCCGUGUGAACAAAUAGAAAGGUUUCAGUUAGUUCUGGCCUCAGGACUGAAUGUUGCCGUUGUGCGUCAAUGUUGUGAAUACUCAAGAUACCGUAUGACAUUUGCAGAGUUGUGUCCCGAAAUGCUGUUUUUAUUUAGGUGAAAAAAAACAUUCAUGCAUUCAUCAUAAAAUGUAGAUGUUCCAGUCUUAAUGUCCUCCCUGAAUCAGCCAAUGACUGUAAAUAAAUACUAGUUUAAAACAAUGGUUCAAACAUUUUAUCAGUCAUGUAAGAAAAGCAAACUUCUGAGUGGUUUCUAUUUCAUUUUGGCAAUAAAAUAUUCAAUAUAUCUCUAUAGAAUGAAAAAUAUCAAACCUCAGCAGGAUGUUUGUUGAAUCACUUUGACUUGAUUUUUAUCCCCUCGUUUGUUUUCUAUUUCAAGAUUUAGUGCCUUUUUUGGACGGUAGACUGUUCUGUAAUCGCUAUGUAGAAAAUCUACAUAUGCCUUUUGUUACUUUUUCAUCUGUUGGAAAAACCUAAUUUGUUAUUUUUAAGGUGUUUUUAUUGAUAUUCUAUUUACAAGGGAAUAAAACGUGAUCCGAG